AUGAUUGAUCGUUCAAACUUGAACGAUUCAACUAUUAAAAUAAAUAAAAUAAAUUGUGAAAAAGUCACUAAUACAGAGUUCUAAAAUUAUUACUUUGGAAUGUUCUAAUGUAAUAAAUCUUUAAAUGCUAACCCUGCAUAGGAUAUUCCUAUAUUUUCUUUUACUACAGCAAUACCUCAUUACCAAAGAAGUAUAAGGGCUGAUAUAAUUCAUAUGUAUAGCGGAGAUUCUAAAGCAACCGUUACAAUUAAACCAGAUGAUUAAGCAUAAACAGUAGUUUAAGUAAAUACUAGUAAUAAUAAUAUCUUAUUAACUAGAUUAUAAGUAGAUUGCACAUCAGAUGCUGAUGAAAGUUUUAAUAAAGACAUAGAUCAAUUUUAUAGAGGAUCAUGGACUUAUUUAAAAUCGUCUUCAAACACCAUCAAACUAGCUUUCGAUUCUAGCUGUCCUGAAGAUUAUAAAUUUUCGUAGUUUAGAGUUUCAGGUAUUUAAGUAAAUAUUAGUCCUUGCCAUCCUACAUGCUAAAGUUGUGAUGGCCCUUUAGAAAAUAAUUGUCUGUCAUGUGCUAUUUCUUCAGGAGCUUCAGGUCCUGUGAAAGGUAAAUGCACAUGUAAUGACCCAACUAAUGUCUUUUAAUUUGGUAUUUGCUUAAAAACAUGUGACUCAUCUAAGUUUUUAUUUGAAAGUAAUAAAAUAUGUGUAUUAAUUCCAAAUUGCUUGUAAAAUGUUGAUUCACAAUGUUAAAAAUGUAAGAGUGGAUACUAUUUAGCAGAUGGUUAGUGUUUCACAGAUUGUCCUGCUGGCUAUUAGCAAAUGCCUAAUAAUAACUGCUUGUACAAAAAUGCUAACCUCAUAGGUAAAAAAUAUUUCUCAGGGCUUUUAGGUAAUGAUUUUUCAAUGAUAUCUAUUGCUAAUUUAGGGAUUGUUAUGUCAAACUAUCUUCAAUCAAAUUCUCAAUAAUCUUAGUUUUCAAGAUGCAAUUAAAUUAAUUUUCUUGGAGGAUUUUUUAUAAACUAAAUGAAUAGUACAAUCAAUUUCCCAGAAACUACUAACAUUUAUAAAUAAGUUAGUGUUUCUUUUAAGUAUAUUUUCGUUGACUAUGAAAAUUCUGGAAAUUCGGGAGUUUUUGUUGAAGUUAUUGUAGGCUCUUAAUCAGUAAAAAAUGAAAUUCGAACAGAUACUGCUUCAUCAAUUAAUAUUUGUGGAUUAAGCAAAAAAGACAUCGUUGGUUUUUAUUCGAAUAACUUUUUAUUGCCUAAAUCUAGCAAUUUUAUUAUAAAAAUUACUAAUUCAAAUAAAAGCUCUGACUUUAGUAGCUCUAGUUCAAGUAGAAAUGCUCAUACUUACUUUGGCAUUAGAGAAAUAAAUGUUUUUGGAUUUGAUUGCUCUGUUGACUUCUGCUUAUUAUGUUCAGGUUCUAGUUGUUCGUAGUGUAUAGAUGGAUACUAUUUACAAUCUAACUCUUGCUAACCAUGUGGAGCUUUAUGUGCAACAUGUAGUAACUCAGCUGAAUGUAAAUCAUGUAAACCUAAUUUUGUUUUGAACUCUUUAAAAUAGUGUGUUUGCAAUGAUGGUUACUACUUUUCUAACAACGAUUGUUUAUAGUGCACAAAUAAUUAAUGCAAAGCAUGCAUUUCUUCAACACCCUCUACAUGUACAGCUUGUUAUCCUGGUAAAGUUUUAUCCCUUAAUGGAUAAUGCUUAGAUAAAUGUCCAUCAGCACAGUAUGCUGAUGCAAAUAGUGCUUGCUAAAAUUGUUAAAAAGCAAACUGCUAUACAUGUGAUCCUUUGUAAUCUUCAAAGUGCUUAUCUUGCAAAGACCCUUAUUUUUUAAUAAAUUAAAAUUGUGAGUCUAAAUGUCCUGAAAAGUACUAUGAAAAUAUUAAUACAAGAUAGUGCUUAGCUUGUUACAAUCCCAUCUGUAAAAAAUGCAAUCCUUAACCUGAUAAUAAAUGCACUGAAUGCUAUUCCCCUUAAGUUUUAUAAAAUGGAAAAUGCUAAGAUACCUGUGAUUAUGGUUAUUACAAAGAUCCUUUGACUUAAAAUUGUCUCAUUUGCUCAGGUAUAUGUAAGGAAUGUAAACCUGAUAAUCCAGCAUAUUGUCUGUCAUGUCAUGCACCUCUAGCUGUGAAGGAUGGAGUUUGCAGCAGUUCAUGUGGUAAAGGAAAUUAUAUAGAUGAAGAUAAUAAUUGCUAAGCUUGUCUAAAUAAUAAAUGUCUUUCAUGUGAUCCCAUUUAAACAGACAAAUGCCUUAAUUGUGGGGAAGGCUAUUACUUGUACAAUGACGACUGUGUUACUGACUGCCCUUCUUUAGGAUUCUAUAAAAGUGAGUCAGAUAGAUAAUGCAAAAAUUGCCCAGAUUCAAACUGCUUAUCCUGUGAUUCUAAUAAUCCAAAUAUUUGUUCUAAAUGUAAAAGUCCUACAGGUCUCUUAGGAAGUUCUUGUGUUCUUGAUUGUGGUGAUAGUAAAUAUAUAAACAAUUUAGAUUAAAUAUGUACUAAUUGUUAAGAUUUGAAUUGCAAAAUUUGUGAUCCAAAUGCUCCUGGUAAUUGCCUCAAGUGCAUACCACCUUUUGGUCUGUUAGGAUCUGCUUGUGUGUUGGACUGUGGAGAUAUGUAUUAUUUUGAUUAAGAUUUAAUAUGCUAGGAAUGCAGCAAUAAAUCUUGUAAAACUUGUUCUCAAGCAGAUUCGUAAAUAUGCUUAACUUGUUUUUCAGAUAAAGUUUUUCAUGAUUCUACCUGCAAAGAUUAAUGUCCUGAUAAUUUCUAUAAAUCUACCUCUUCUAAUUUAUGUCUCAAAUGCCCUGACGAAAAUUGUUAAAAGUGCAGUGCUGAUCUCCCAUCUAAUGAUUGCUUAUCCUGUAUAGCACCUUAUGUUUUGCAGGAUUCUGUUUGUGCUUUAAAAUGCAAAGAUGGAUAUUAUAUUGAUAACCUCUAAAUUUGCUAAAAAUGUAAUAAUAGUAAUUGCUAGCACUGCGAUCAAUCUGACUCAAGUAUUUGCUUAUCAUGUGAGGCAUCAAAAGUAUUGCAUUAGGGAGAUUGUAUUGAUAACUGUCCAAGCGGCUAUUAUAAAAAUCCUGUAACUGGGUAGUGCUUAUUAUGUAUCAGCAAUAAUUGUGAUGUAUGUGAUUCUAACUUUCCAAAUAUAUGCUUAACUUGUUAAUCUACAUUUUUGAUGUAAGAUGGGUAAUGUGUUCUAGCUUGUAAUGAUAAUUACUAUGUCUCAGGAUAAUAGUGUUUAUCUUGUGAAAACAAAAAUUGCUUAACAUGUGAUCCAAAUAACUCUAAAAAUUGCUUAACGUGCUCAGAAGAUAAACAAAAUUAUUUAAAUGAUUGUGUCAAUAAAUGUAAGGAAUCAGAAGUUUAUGAUAAUGUGAAAAAAGAUUGCAUAAAGUGUUUAAACAACUGUUUAUCAUGUGAGCCAUCUGAUCCAUCUAUCUGCACAGCUUGUCAUCCUCCUAAUGUCUUAAGUAAUUCUUAGUGUAAAUUAGAAUGUGAUGAAGGAAUGUAUAUUGAUAAUAGCUAAAAUAAGUGUGUUAAUUGUUAGAAUCCAUUAUGUUCUAGCUGCAACCCUUUUAAAUCUAACGAAUGCUAUUCUUGUAAAAAACCAAAAAUUCUUUUAGGGGUUGAUUGUGUUGAUAAAUGCGAGAGCAAUAUGUAUGUAGAUUCUACUAACAACUCAUGCCAAAUAUGUUCUAAUCCCUAACAGAACUGUCAAACAUGUUUAGAAUCAAACCCACUAUUUUGCAUAUCAUGUGAAGCUCCUUUUGCACUGUUAGGUAAUGAUUGUGUUUUAGAUUGUGGAGAUGGUUUUUCAAAAAAUGAAGUUACAAAUACAUGUGAAUAAUGUAUAAAUAAAGACUGUAAAAGGUGUGAUCCACUAAAUAAAAAUGAAUGCACUUCAUGUGAACCACCUUUAGCUUUACUUGAAAUAUCCAAAUAAUGCUUAAAAAAUUGUCCUAGUGGUAUGUAUGUUGAUUCAGUAUUAAAUAUAUGCAAAAGCUGUUCUAAUUUAUCUUGUAAAACUUGUUUAGAAUCUUCUUCUGAUAAAUGUUUGUCUUGCGAGAUUCCUUUGCAUUUAUAAAAUAGCUAAUGUUAAGCUUAAUGCUAUAAAGGAUACUUCCUGGAUACUUCACUUAAUUAAUGUCUUCCUUGCUCAAACCCAGGCAAUAACUGUCUUACAUGUGACCCUUUGUAACCUUAGAAAUGUAAUAGUUGUGAAAGUCCUCAAGCUCUUUGGUAAGAUAACUGUGUUGACAAAUGUGAAAAUGGUUAUGUAAUUGAUACUAAUAAUUAAAUUUGUGUUAAAUGUCUAAAUAGUAAUUGCUUGACAUGCAGUUUUCCGGACACUUAAAAAUGUUUGAGUUGUGAAAGCUAGAAAAUUUUAGAUAAAAAUGAUUGCUUAGAUAGGUGCUUACCAGGCAUGUAUUAUGAUGUAACUAUGAAUACUUGCUAGACAUGCUAAAAUAAUAAAUGCGAAUACUGUGAUCCUUCUAAUAGUAUUAACUGCAUUUCAUGUGCAAACCCAAAAAUAAAGAAAGGUUAUGAUUGUGUGGAUUCUUGUGGAGAGAAUAUGUAUAUUGAUCUGCUUUCAAAUUCAUGUAAGAGCUGCUCAAAUAAAAAUAAUAAUUGCUUGACUUGUUCAAAUCCCCCAAAUGAAAAUAUUUGCACGAGUUGCUCAGAUCCUUAUGCUUUGUUAAAUUCUGAUUGUGUGGUAGAUUGCGGUAAAGGAAAAGUUAAAAAUCCUGUUUCAAAAUAAUGUGAAGAUUGUUAAAAUAAAAAUUGUUUAACUUGCUCUCUGGGUAAUAAAGACAUAUGCUUAACUUGCCCUAACAAUCUUUAUCUUUUAAAUGGAGAUUGUGUUACGGAUUGUGGAGAUAAAAUGUAUGAAGAAAAUAACAUUUGUAUGCCUUGUGUAGAAUAAAGUUGUAAAACAUGCUAACCAAAAAGCUCGACAUGCACCUCAUGCUCAGCUCCAAAGUAUCUUUUCUAAGGUUAGUGCUUAGAUGACUGUGGAGAAAGCUGGUAUAAAGGUUAAAUCGAUUAAAACUGUUAUAAGUGUAAUAAUGAUAAGUGUAAAACUUGCGAUGCAAGAGAUAGUAAUAAUUGUUUAUCUUGCACAUACCCUAAAUUACUUGAUGAAAAAAACUGUGUUGAUUAUUGUGGAGAAAAUAAAUUUUUUGAUACUUUAACAAAUUCAUGCCAAUCUUGCAAUAAAAACUGCAAGAAGUGUAAAGAUAAUUUAUUAUGCAUAGAAUGUUAAGCUGGUUAUUUUCAUUAUAAUGAAACAACAUGCAUGCUCAGAUAUAAACUGUUAAGAUUGCUCGAAUGA